GCAGAAGUUGACGGGGUGGGCGGCCGCGACCAAGAGGCCGGCCAGGCGGGCGCCUGAAGGCGAGCGGGGCUCAGCGGUGCCGCGGUUACAGUCGGCGCCGGGGUCGGCGGAAGGGGCGGCCGCCUCGCUGACGGCCGAUAGGAGCAGCAAGUCCUGUAUGUUCUUUCCCAAGAAGCCAGAAUCCUGUGUACUGUUCUGAUCCUGGUCUUUUUGCUGGAUCACCAUCUGCAGAGCAAGGGAUCCGAACCAAGGUGACGGAAUCGAAUCGAGAAGGUGUGGGAGCGGUUGUCCCUACUGCACAGAGGUGACCUGAAGCCCGGGGCCUCUCUUGAGUCUGCCCCACUUUUCAGAAUCCAAUGGCGGCCACUGCACGGAAGGAUCCAGCUCAGGAUAGUGUGACCUUUGAAGACGUGGUUGUGUACUUCUCCUGGGAGGAGUGGGGUCUCCUUGAUGAGGCUCAGAGAUGCCUGUACCACGAUGUGAUGCUGGACAACUUUGCGCUCGUGACCUCACUGGGUUGCUGGUUUGGAAUGGAGGAUGAAGAGAGACUUUCUGUGCAGACUGUUUCUGUAGAAAAAAUGCCUCUGGGCAAAACUGCUUCCUCCUGUGAAAAGUGUAUCCUGGUUGAGAGAGACACCCUGUACCUGACUGACUACCCAGGACUGCACUCUGGACAGAAAGCCUACAUCUGUGAAGCAUGUGGGAAGCAGUUCUGGUUCAGUCCGCACCUUCACCAGCACCAGAAACACAGUGAAGAGAAAAAGCCAUUCCAGAGGGACAUAGACAGGACCUCACUGGUGACGGGCUUCCAGUUCCAUGUGCUGGAGAAGCCCUUCACCUGUGGGGACGUUGGGAAGGACAUCCUGGCGAUGCUGGGCCUUCUCCAGCACCAGGCCACUCUUAAAGGGACCAAGUCACACAGCAGCCUGCAGUGUGGGGAGGCCCCCCACAGUGGGAGGUGUGAUCACAAGUGCAGUGAGUAUGGCGACUGCUUCAGCUGCGAACACAAGCCAUUUCAGGACCCGCAGCCUCACUCUGGAGAGCGUUACUGCGGUGGUGGUGGUGGCUGUGAUGACGGUGAGAAGCCCUUCAGCCAGAGCUCUGCCCUCAGUAGCUGUCCGGCAGAGGACACAGGCACACCCUCUUACGAGUGCAGUGAUUGUGGGCGAUCCUUCAACCAAAGUUUCAAGCUCCUUCAGCACCAGAGAAUCCACAAUGGGGCCAGGCCUUACAUAUGCAGUGAAUGCGGCAAAGCUUUCACCUACAAGUUCAGACUUGUCCAGCACCUGCAAACCCACAUGAGAGUGAAGCCAUAUGAGUGUAGCGAGUGUGGGAAAGCCUUUAGCUACAGUUCCACACUCAUUAAGCACCAGAGGGUGCACAGUGGGGUCAGGCCGUACAAAUGUGCUGAGUGUGGCAACUCCUUUAGCCAGAGCUCCAACCUCAUCCAGCACCAGAAAAUCCACAGUGGAACGAGACCGUACAAGUGCAGUGAAUGUGGAAAGACUUUCAGCUACAAAUGCAAACUUCUCCAGCACCUGCGGAUCCACACUGGAGAAAGGCCAUAUGAGUGCAGUGAGUGUGGCAAGUCCUUCAGCCACAGCUCCACUCUCAACCAGCACCAGAGGACCCACACUGGAGCCAGACCCUUUCAGUGCAGCGAGUGCGAGAAAUCCUUUAGCCAGAAGUCCAACCUGAUUCAGCACCGGCGAGUUCAUACAGGAGAAAGGCCGUAUGAGUGUGGGGAAUGUGGAAAAGCAUUCAGCCAAAGCUCCCACAUCAUUCAACACAGAAAAUUGCACACCAGAUAACAGCAAUGCAAACAACAAAACAAACACUGGGAAAACCUUCAUGUCUAUUCAUGUAAAUAAACAUGAAACUUAAUGCAA